AUACACUCUGGUGCAAACAAAUUUUAUAUCAUUGGUUAUUCGAAUGGAUCCUCAAUCCAUGGGGUUCUUUCUCCCAGAUGAGUUUCCAUGACAUUUUUUAUAAUGCACAAUCUCCACGCAACCAAUGGAACAGUUACGAUAGGAAAGGUGGGCCACAAAUGUUUGCCUCAUCAUAUGAUGAUAUCGCUGCUAAAAUAGAUGAAAUUCUAAGUAACAACACGAAAGUCUCCAAUGUCAAUUCGACAAAUUCUACACGACGUGCUUACUUCCACGCAACCAAUCAACAAAGUGCUCAAUCGAUUAGUAAAAAUGGAAUCAAGCUUGGAUAUAGCAAACAUAGUCUCGAUUUUGGGUUUAAUCCUAGUUUUUACCUGAACCCAGAUAUAGGCAACGCAAUUGACUGGAUUAAGCCUCGUAAAGGAUUUAAUGCAAUUGUAGUAUAUUGGGUUGACGUUGAAAAAAUACAAAGCAUGAAAUAUCGGAAUCUAGUUACUGAAGGAGACGAUGUAUGGAAGAAGGUGGUGGUUGCAUCGAGAUGUGCCCAAAAAUCGGAAGUAGACAAAGAUGACUUUGUCUACGGAUACCAACUGUCAAACCCAAGGCAAAUUCGUUCUGAAUGGGAAGAUCGUGGAAGAGAAGUUGAGUUUUCAUGGCAGAAUGUCAUUCCCAGUGCUCGAUGGUUUGAACCUAUUCGACACCUUCAACUUGCUGUUAAAACACCCGAUGCAGUAGAGCUUAUGGACAGCUAUUGUGUUGGUGUUAUUUAUUUUCAUACAGAUUAGGGAAAUAAUAUUUACUGAAAACCGCAAAAAUGAACUCUUCAUUAAAAAAUAAUCAAUUACCAAAGCGAAAUUGAUUACUAGCCAAAAUUUGCAAAGUAUAUUCAGAAAUAUAUAAUAUAAAUUUCAAAUAUUAAUAUAAUAGCUAGAGUAGUAAAAAAUGUAUUGUUAAUAAAGUAAUAAAGUGAAUAUUAUGUGUAUAAACGUGUGAUGUUCAUAACACACGCA